AUGUCUCGAAAAAAGAUUGAGCCAUUUUCAACAUUAGUUAUUCUUCGGCAUGGAGAAUCUUUAUCAAACCUCAAUAGAACAUACAGUGGCUGGUAUGAUACAGAUCUUACUGAAAAAGGAAUCGAAGAUGCUUACGCGGCUGGAAGAUUGUUGAAAAGCCAUGGAUUUCACUUCGAUGUUUGCUUUUCAUCUUACUUAAAACGAUCAAUCAGGACGAUGUGGAUAGUCCUUGACGUUCUAGAUCAAAUGCACAUACAGACCAUUUCAAAUUGGCGUCUUAACGAAUGCCAUUUCGGUUUACUGACAGGUAUGAACAAAGAGCAAAUAUGUACUACACUUACUGAAGAGGAACUCAACAUCUGGAAGAAAGAUACUUGUCUACAGCCUCCUCCUUGCGCACCUGGUCAAGAAAAUCCUUCAGACGAUCCUAAAUACAAAGACCUCGACCCUCGCGUUAUACCAAAUGGCGAAUCCAUUGAUAUGAUGUGGGAAAGAGCGAAACCAUACUUUAUCGACCAAAUCGUUCCACGAUUGAUGGAAGGAAAGAAAGUACUUAUUGUUGCCCAUGGAAAUGUCAUGCGCGCAAUGAAGAAAUACUUACAAAAAAUGACAUCUGAAGAAUUGAUGAAUGAAAAGGUUCUUUCAAAUGGAAGCGCACUUGUUUUCAAGUUCGAUAACAAGUUUAACCUCUUGGAAACAGAGAUCAUCAGCGAAGAAGAUGCAACAAUCGAAGCAAACGACGGAGUUCUCUGA